ACGCUGAACCGCAGCCCCUUCUCAUUUCCAGCCCCGCAGAUCUCCAUUUUCUUCUUUCCCCAUAUUCAAGAGCAGAAGAGUAAAGAUUUGGAAAAAUGAAUGAAGAAUACGACGUUAUCGUCCUGGGCACCGGGCUCACGGAAUGCAUUCUAUCAGGCAUCAUGUCAGUGAAGGGGAAGAAGGUUCUGCACAUGGACCGCAACUCCUACUACGGCGCUGAGAGUGCCUCCAUCACACCUCUGGAAGAUCUCUACAAGCGUUUCAACCUUCCUGGCAAGCCUCCUGAGUCAAUGGGAAAAGGCCGGGACUGGAAUGUGGACCUCAUCCCAAAAUUUCUCAUGGCCAACGGUCAACUGGUCCGCAUGCUGCUGAUCACACAGGUGACCCGCUACCUGGAUUUCAAAGUGAUUGAAGGCAGUUAUGUGUACAAGGGUGGAAAAAUCUAUAAAGUCCCCUCUACUGAGACUGAGGCUCUGGCAUCUAGUCUGAUGGGAUUGUUUGAGAAACGGCGCUUCAGAAAGUUCCUGAUCUUCAUCGCCAACUUUGACGAGAACGACCCAAAGACGAUGGAGGGUGUGGACCCCCAAAAGACAACGAUGAGGGCCAUUUUCCAGAAGUUUAGCCUGGGCCAGGAAGUCAUCGACUUCACCGGCCACUCCCUUGCACUCUACCGCACAGACGAUUACCUGGAUCAACCUUGCAUUGACGCGAUAAACAGGAUAAAGCUGUACAGCGAGUCUCUGGCCAGAUAUGGCAAGAGCCCAUACCUCUACCCUCUGUACGGCCUGGGAGAGCUGCCACAAGGCUUUGCCAGACUGAGUGCUAUCUACGGGGGGACCUACAUGUUGAACAAGCCCAUAGAAGAGAUCGUGGUGGAGAAUGGGAAGGUGGUGGGAGUCAAGUCUGAGGGGGAGAUUGCAAGGUGCAAGCAGCUGAUUUGCGACCCCAGCUACAUGAUGGAUCGUGCCUCCAAAGUGGGUCAGGUGAUCAGAGUCAUCUGCAUCCUGAGUCAUCCCAUCAGCAACACUGGCGAUAUCAACUCUUGCCAAAUCAUCAUCCCCCAGAACCAGGUCAACAGGAAGCACGACAUCUACGUUUGUAUGAUCUCCUUUGCUCACAACGUGGCAGCACAGGGUAAAUAUAUUGCCAUUGUCAGCACCACAGUGGAGACGAGCGACCCUGAGAAAGAGAUCAAGCCGGCCCUGGACUUACUGGAGCCCAUUGAGCAGAAGUUUGUCAGCGUUAGCGACCAGUAUGGACCCACUGACAUGGGCACUGACAGCCAGAUCUUCAUCUCCCGUACUUAUGAUGCAACGACUCACUUUGAGACCACCUGUGAUGACAUCAAGGACAUCUACCGGAGGAUGACAGGCUCAGAAUUUGACUUUGCCGAAAUGGAGCGCAAGAAGCAGGAUAUCUUCGGCGACGCCGCAGAGUAGAGGCGACAGUCCGCAACACUCCUGAACAUCAAAGACAAGGCUGCCGACAACUGAAAUCUUACAAAAAAUAGAAAACCUACACACAUAUGUACACACCAACGGGCCAGCAGAUUAUCCAAGUAUAAUGUUUGCCCAUUGGAGAAGUUCAUGAUAUAUAGAGAGAUAUGAUAUAGUAUUGUUGGAUAGGGUUCAGGGAGGGAGCUAUGCUUUUCCAGAUCACAUUCAGGAGGAUGUUGCACUAAACACUGGUUAUGCCUGAUAGACAAUAACGCCCUACAUUCUUCUGAUUCAUUGUGUUAAGAAUGAUGCAUAGUCCAAAGAUGCCAAAUCAAGUGAUAAUUCAUAAUCAGUAUCUUGAAAAGAGUGUCCUGGGAUGGGAUGGGGGAUGGGGGGAGGGAUUUUUCUGUCAUUGUGUAAAAGGUUCUGGAAGACAUACAUCAUCUACACAUGCGACACAUCGUCUCUGCGGGUAUUUUUCCACGUCAGCUUAAAAGAGAAGUGGCUUGGCUUUGUGCAUCUGUGUUAAAUCAUACGAGUACCUGGGUGUUCCUCAUAGGUUGUGGCAGCUGGAGCACCUUCAGGCCAGCAGCAGCACACAGCCGUGCAGAGCGGCCCCUCCGCUGUCACAUCUUAUGUCAGAUUUUGUGCAACAAAGUGGUCUAGCGUUUUUUUUUGGCUUGGACUUUUGGUGUAUUUUUUUAAUUUUUAAACCCCAGUAUUGUCAGAUGGUAAAUUGUAAGCCAGGCCACAGCAGCAAGUGUAGUUCAGCAUAAACUACCUGAACCUGUUUUCAACAGCUUGAGUUACUACGAUGCAUCAGAGGAGAUAUAUUAGUUCCCGUAUUAUGCAAAACGAUGGAAGACCCGAGCAUUAACAGCAGAUUUAUGGCGAAUGUGGUUCACUGUAAUUGCUUAAGAAGGACCAAAUGUGUACUGCAGCAGUAUUGAACUGAUUAGAGCCCUGUGAUGUCUUCUGUUUUGAACAACUGUAAAAAAAUAAAAAUAAAUCUUGGGCUCAAAUGA